UUCCGCGCUGCUGGUUAGACUUACCUCACCUCCAUGACUACUGUUAUUUUAGGUUUGCUCAAAAGCGAUUGCAAUCAGCUUCAGAAGAUGAGUGAAGUUUGCGGAUGUGCUGGAUUGAGCCGGAAUGUGGCCGAGCGACAUGCUUAACAUCAGUCAUGCGGGAAUUCAUCCUCUUAACAAUGACUCAUGUGUUAAUGGAGAGUCAAAACGCACGGAGUCCACAUCUAACAUUACAGCACCUGCUGCGUGAAAUACGGUUCUGUUGGAUGAUUAUCGACGAUCAUGUUUUAAUCUGACUCCAUCCUUCAUCCCGAAAUACGAAAGAUCUUAAGACUACAGGAGACGGAUGAUUUCUGUGUAGAUCGGACUGGUGGAAAUGUUCCCCGUCUGACACGGCAUCAGUCGGGCAUAUGUCUGAAGUCUGGUCCACUCUAUUUUGUAAUGACGGUAAUCACGAAGACAAAUAAGAAGAAACAUGGCGCAGGUCGGUAGCCUUGGAAGUUUAAGGUUGGAGUCGUCGCCAGCCUUUUUCCCUGCGAUGGAGAGCACCGAGUCUGCGUGGCUGGGGGACCGCUUACAAGAUAUACCGCAGAUGGUAGCUGAACUUCGGCUUGUGGGUGACAGCAUGAAACAGAUUAAAAAGCUUCUGCAGGAUUUCUGUGACUCAUGUGGAUCCACCCAGGACGAGGUGGACACAGCACUCCAGGGCUUGAUGGCCUCUCUCCAGCCCCUGAGGGAGCGCCACCCCUCCAUGGCUCACCCCCCUUUAAGCCAUGCCAUCUCAGCCCUUCUUGGCUCCCUCAGAGAAGCACUGCGUCCGAGCAGGACGUCCGAGACGAAGCGCUACAGCGAGAUCUUCCGUGAUUUCGACAACCUGGAGCUGUCGCUCAUCCAUGAGACUGUGGAGGACCUGCUACCAGACCCAGACACCAUAUCCAACGCAGAGACGGAAACCACAGAGAUCACGGAUCCGGAAGAACUGACGCCUGAAGAAGGCCUCGACGUCGAGAUUCGGGUUGAUGAAGACCAAAAAGAAGGAUCUUCACCAGCCCAGCAUGCAGACCUGUUGCUGCGCCGCUGCGAGGGCGGCGUGGAUCUGGCCCUGCAGUACUCCAAGAUGUGGUGCCGCUAUGCUAAGGAACUGCUCUCUUGGAUGGAGAAGAGAUUCAGCUUAGAGCAAGAGUUUGCCAAGAAUGUCACCAAGGCAGCAGAAGCAGCCAAAUCUUGCGUCUCCCAGCAGGACUCUAUGCCUCUGCAGUACAUCUACAUCAUGGUCAUGGAGCGAGACAUGAAGAACAGCCAAGAGGCCAAAAAGACUGGAGAGAUGCUGCAUCAGCGUUGCUACCAGGCUCUCGCAGCCAAGAAGAACGAAAUAGACAAAUGGCGUCGGGAGUUCAAGGAGCAGUGGGCGAAGGAGCAGAAGAAGAUGCACGAGGCAGUGUCAGCACUGAAGAAGGCCCGGCAGCAGUACAUCCAGCGCUGUGAGGACCUGGAGAAGGCCAAGGCCAUGAGCAGCAAGGCCGAGGAAGAGCUGGGCGGCUACAAGACGCUCGACAAGCGCAGGAAGUCCAGGGAUGAGGCGCAGACCAAGAUGAAGGAGGCAGAGGUGCAGUACCGGCAGUGUGUGACCGACGCCAACGCACACCAGGAGGAUCUGGAGAGGGUGAAGGAGAAGAUCAUAGCCCACAUCCGCAAGCUCAUCCAGCAAGGCGACACCGUGCUGAAGGAGGCCACGGUGAACAUGUUUCACCACCUGCGUCUGCACACAGAGGCCAUCCCCCAGGGCUACUUCAGCCUGGAGCAGACCUGCCGGCCCUACGAGCCCGGCGAACCGUACCACAGCUACAUCCUGAAGCAGCAGCGCCGUCCCCAGCCGCUCCAGGCCUACAUCUUCCAGGAGUUCACCCCACAGAGCAGGAGGUCUCCCCCUAGUAGCCGACGCAAAACCAGCAACCCCAUAGGACCCGACUCAGAUGACCGGCCCGGCAGCUACGGAGACAGCAAGAAGGCCGGCUGCAGUGACUCUGAUAGCAUUGGGGGGAGUAUGGAGUCUCUGACCAGCCCAGCCCGGAAGCUCCUGAAAGCACCUUCCACCGGCACCAUGUCAUCCGAUGACCUGGAGGACAAAGAGCCGGGGAUUUCAUAUGAAAUGGAUCCCACUGAGGACGGCAAUGGGACACUAGGGCCCGUGUGCAAAAUGCGAUCCAGAGCUGCGCUGACACACAAGUUUAAGAAGACAAAGAGCAAGAUGUCCAAGUGCAAGCAGUGCGACAACUACCUCCUGGUGAACGGCCUCGAAUGCGAGGAGUGUGGCCUGGCAGUGCACAGGAAGUGCCUGGAAGUAUGCCAAAUAGAGUGUGAUCACAAGACAGGCACAGUGUUCGGGGUCAAAUUCUCCUUGGUGCAGACUGACAUCUCAGGGAAGGUGCCGUUCCUCGUGCAGCGCUGUACCACCGAGAUUGAGAGCCGGGCGCUGACAGUGCAGGGUGUGUAUCGUGUCAGUGGUUCCAAAUCCCGCAUCCAGAAGCUCUGCCAGGCCUUCGAGACACAGAAGGACCAGGUUGACCUCUCUGACGUCUCGCCCCAUGACAUCACAUCCGUCCUCAAGCACUUCUUCAAAGAGCUUCCAGAGCCGUUGAUGACCAGUGACCUUAAUGAUGACUUCAUCAUGGUGGGCAGGGUCAUCCAAGGCUUGGCCGAGAAGGAACCAACUCCAGAAACCAUUGGAACAAUAGAAAAAAUCGUGCAGAGCUUGCAGGAGCUUCUGAAGAAACUGCCCGUGUAUAACUACAGCACGCUACAUCACAUGAUCACACACCUGCACAGGGUAGCGGAAAAUGAUGAGGAAAACAAGAUGUGCCCUGCCAACCUGGGCAUCGUGUUCGGCCCCACCCUCCUGGGCCCCCUGGAGUCCGGAGACGUCACCGAGAUGACCUUGAUGACUAACUCCCAGUCCCAGAUCGUGGAGUUCCUCAUCUGGCACCACGAUAAGGUCUUCGGCCCCCAGUCCGAGGUCAGCCCUCUGACCACCACGUCCCUACCCGAAACUCCGGACAAUGUGACCUCCACCCCCCUGCAUAAUAGCACCCCCCAGGACUCGAAGCCCUCGGCCCAGGAACGACCACGGUCCUUAGAGAAUCACACGCUCAAGAGAGACUCCAGUGAGGGCUAUAUAUCGGACAAGUCUUCGUCCAAUGAGGCGGUGGACCAGCUCAGCCCUGAGACCAGUGAGGGAGCAGUCCUGGCUCUGAGCGUGUCGCUGGCCCCUUCCCCAAGCGACCCGGCCCCAGCCCCCGACUCGCUCCCCGGGCAGCCGCAGGAACACCUGAGCAAGCAGUCAGUCAAGUACCAGCUCCCGCCCGCGGCGCUCAGCGCUCACCUGCGCGCCACGGUCCUGCGAAUGGGUCACGGAGUGGGGGAGGAGAGGAGCGCGAGCCGGGAGAGAGGGGAGACGGGCCAGCCCAGGAGCACCAACAGCAGCCGCAGCUCCUCCCCUGAGCAUGGGGCCGUGAGGCAUUCCCGGCGCCGGCUGGAGAUCACCCCAGAGACGGCGCGGCUGCUGCACAAAGCCGGACACGCCCCCAGCAUCCAGGCUCACUCACACCUGUCUCCAGUCAAGCAUGAGGCAGGGCCAGAUGCGUCCAAUGGUACGCCGGGUGACUCCGGGGAGGCGGAGUCAAAGGAUAAAAGGCAUUCUUUGGGCAAACUGAACAGCAAUCAGUCCAAUAACAAGCCAGGAGACCGGGGGGGGGACUCAGAUCGGCAAAUCAAGAGGCACCCAUCGGAUGAGAGGACCGCCCAAAAGAUCCUGUCUGGACUGAAGCUGAAACGUAAUCACUCAGGAAAGGGAGAGCAGGUCCAGUUUGUGUGAGGGGAAAUGGACUCAUGAUACAAGCUGGAUUUGGGUGGGGUGACAACCCUACUGGCAACAACAUGCACUGCCCGGACAAAAAGAAACGUCUUUAAAUCAGCAAGUACUUCAGAGUCAAUGACUGGAUCAUUAUUACAGCUCAGCAACAUUAUGCAGCAAUAAAGUGAAGUCAGCUAAGUACCUGAAUCUACCCAACGGCCAGGUUAUCCCAUCAAUGGAUGUUUUUCUUUCCGAACAGCAUGGGCAUAUUACAGGACGAGAACGCCAAGAUUCAUCACCCGCGAUUUGUCAAAGAGUGGUUCCGGGAGCAGAAGGAAUCAUUUUCACACAUGAUUUGGCCACCACAGGGUCUUGACCUUAAGCACAUUGAAAGUCUUUUUGACAUAUUCUGUAGAAGACUUUGCAGAGUGGUUCAACAAGAUCCCAGCGAGAAAUGAAUGUGAAUCUGGAUAAAUGUUGAGAUGUGGAAACAGUGCACCAUAAUCAAAGCUAAAGGCGGGACAAUGAAAUAUUAAAGUGUGAUUUUUAAAUUUUUUUUUUGGGCCGGGCAGUGUAUAAAAAUACAGAGACUCUCACAUAGGAAUACACACAUACAGAACUGGACAUGUGUAUUCUAUCCCCCCCCCCCUCCCCCGGACUGCAAACACUGAGAAGGGGCAUGGCAAACAUUUCUCAUAGGGACUGAAGGAAUUUUCCAGCCCAUAUAAAAAGGCUGAGUACAUUGGUUAAACUGAUGAGAGGGCAGCCUACUGUAGACAGACAAUGACGUAGUAGGUGGGCAGCACCUAAAAUAUGCAUUCAAACCUUUCAGGGACCCCAGAUGUAUUUCCUGGACUUGUAGCUCCAGCCAAAUUGAUGGUGUUACGAGAAAAAAGUUCUUGUGACAGUCACGAGUUUUAAGACUGUUUUUUUAUUUUUUAACUAUGAUUGUACUUGGUUCCCUGCUGAGCCUGUUCAUAUUGAGAUAUAAAUGACAUUAUUAAAAAGACUUUAUACUCA